UCUUCUCUUUUAGGUCGGCCAAGCCAAGUCGAUGCGAAAGCGAAAAAUGUCGUGAAUUAUCCAGUGAUUUACUUUCUAUUCGUGAAUUAAUGGUGUUUUAAGAUCUGACCAACCAUGGAGUUCGACUCUGUGAUAGUGAAGGACAGCCCCGGCCUCUGCCGGUGCUGCCUCGCUGAGGGAUGCUACAAGGAAUUGGGGGCACCCUACUUCUGUGGCGGACAUACUGAAGUGUAUGGCGAUAUGCUAAUGGAAUGCUUCGACAUUUGUAUAUCCCAGCAAACAGAUGGACCGAACGGGCCGAACAGACACAUCUGCGAAGUCUGCAUCGGCCGGCUGCGGGAUGCCACCGAGUUCAAGCGGCAAGUGCUGGAGUCCGAGAAGACCUUCAUCGACAUGGUGGCACGGAAGGACUUCAAGGGGAAAAUGAUGGUCGGCAAGAAAGAAAUGAAGAAGGAGCCCGGCACAGAUGUGGACCCUGAUGUCAACAUGAUAGAUACUGCUGACGUUUUUGAUGAUGACACAGACGAAGAGCCCCUGUCCCUCAAGCGCCGCGCGCCGCGCGCCUCGGGGGCCGCGCCGCGCCGCCGCGGGGUCAAGACCGAGAGGAAGAAGGCCAGGAAGAACGAUGAGUCAGAAGAAGAGCUCCUCUCCCUGAAGUCUGGUGACGAGGGAGUGGACGCGGCGCCGCUGGCAACACCACGGCGGGCCUCCGAGGUCAAGACAGAGAAGCGGAAACGCAUCAAGAAGAAGACUGAGGAUGCCGCUAGUUCGAAUACGAGCAAGUCGUUCUAUAUGAUGAAGAGGCGAAAGAAUCUGCAAAUCAUAUUUGACAGUUCCACCAUCAUACCCUUUAAAUGGAGGGCCAACUAUAUCUGUUUUUACUGCGGCAUCAGAAUAGUCGAUUACAAAGAGCUGAGGAGACACACAGAAACCCACGGUAGCGUUGCCGAUUGCGACCUCAAGUCUAUCAAGGGCUAUGGGGAUAUGAACAUCAAAAUUGACAUCUCAAACAUCACAUGCAAACUUUGCAAUGUCUUAUUCAGGUCAUUCAACGAACUCACCGAACAUUUGUGCUCGGCUCACCAAGUGAAAUACGAAGUUAUGGAUGUGGUCAUCGAGCAGUAUCGUCUGUUGGACCUGGGUUGCCAUCUCUGCCCUGACUCUUUCAGCUACUUCGGGCAUUUAGUGUCUCACAUGAACCACGCUCAUCCGAAUAAAACCCUCAUUUGCAAUCAGUGCAACCACAGGUUUAGCAAACGUAGCGAGUUGUAUCGUCAUAUCAAGAAUUGUCACAAAGUAGGCGGGUACCAAUGCGAUAUGUGUCCGCAUAAAUUUAACACUUUGAGCAUAUUGAAGAAGCAUCAGUCGAAUGCUCACCGUUGUGAGGUCUGUCAUUUACAGCUACCAUCAGCUGCGCAGAAGCAGAAACACUGCCAGUUGGAGCAUCCAGAGUCCUACGCUUUACAAUGCCGCGAUUGCAACAAGAUAUUCAAAAAGAAGCUAGGCCUAAGAGUGCACAUGAAAAAGUGUAACGCAGCUGAUACCGACAGAAAACAAAAGCUGACGGUUAAAAGACACAAACUCGACAAAGUCAAAGAUGACAUCAUAAAUGUAAUCAUCCUGUCCACAUCCAUACCUUUUAAUUUCACCAACAAUAAGUUCAAUUGCUUCUACUGCGCCGAUGAUUUCAUUGACUCUGACAGUUUGAGGGAACACACGCUUCUAAGCCACGCAAACUGCGAUGCUAAUUAUAUCAAAAAGAAUUGCAAAACGAUCGGUAACGUGUGCGUUAAACUCGACACCUCGUACGUCGCUUGCAAGCUCUGUUACGAAUCUCUUAGGGACCUAGACGCCUUGAUCGAGCACUUGGCCCAAAAGCACGACACUCAAAUCGAGCCUAUAGUCAAAACGUGUCUGCAACCGUACCGACUGAUCAAAGACAACAUGGGGUGCCCGUACUGCCCGGCCGUUUUCCAAUUCUUCAAUUUGCUGAUGCAUCACGUCAGCGUGACUCAUUCAAACAACAACGUCGUCUGUGUAUACUGUGGUUUAACUUUCGGCAAUGAGAACCAAUUGCGAGCGCACACUAGAACGCAUCACAGCGACGGCCAAUUAAAAUGCGGCACGUGCGGUGCGGUCUGCGACUCUCGAUCCCGAUUGGCCAAUCACAUGGCGACGGCGCACGGCGUGAAAGCUGUCAAAUGCACCACGUGUGGCGAACGGUUCUCCUCGCAAUAUCUGAGGCAGAAACACAUGAUGGAUGUGCACAAAUUCGGCCACAAAUGUAACUAUUGCGGGAAGGAAUUUGUGAGACAUUCCUUCAUGAAAAUCCACGUAAGACGAACGCAUCUGAAAGAGAAACGCGUGGCUUGUCCCGUUUGCGAUAUGAAGUUCUUUAACGGAGUACAAUUAAAGCAUCAUUUGGUGAAACAUGGCGGGAAAAAGAACUUCCAAUGUGAUGAGUGUGGGGAAAGCUUUAUGUGGAGGAAAGGGCUUGUGAGGCAUAUUGGCAGGCACAGUAAAAACCCGUUUAGCUUCCCCGCAGUGCCGAAGACUAAUAAUGCCCAAGCCCAGGCUAUAGCGUAUAAUAAACAAGCCAAUACUGCGCAAGUCCCAUACACGCCGCAAAUGCCGAAGUCCAACAGUGUAGUCCAAGGUCCAUACAACCCGCUUCCAAUUGGCUUCCCUUUUAGAUUCUAAUUUUUAUUAAGUAUUAUUUAUAGUACCUAAGUAAUUUUAAGGGCCUGUUUCACAAUGUCUGGAUAAUGGCUACCUAUCGGUUAAAAGACAUGCUGUCACUGUCUAAAAAAUAAUGACAGUGUUACAGCUUGUAUUUUAACCGACAGGUAGCAAUUAUCCAGACAUUGUGAAACAGGUCCUAAGUCUUUUUAAUUUCCCCACUAAGGUGAAGUUCAACAGUAUAGUCCAAGUUUAACCGUAUUACCUAUCGGCUCUCCCUUUAAUUUCAACUGCAUAUUAAACUUAUAACUGCUAUCAUUUUCAUAAAUAUUAUAUCGUAUUUAAAAAAAAAACAAUGAUACUUGGGCUAAAUAGCCGGCAAUAUUCAAGGUUACUUUUAGAAGAUAGACUCAACUCUUUAGUUAUAGCGCCAUCUAUUAUUAUUUAUAGGUAACUGUGUGUCUUGUAGGUUAAAUGGUAUUUUGUACACUGAUGCAUAAGCUUGUUAUAAGUAAAUUUGCUAUGACCCAUUUUCUAUCAAUCUCAUUAUAAUUUGCUGUUAUUUUUUUCCAUAGGAAGGACAUAAUAUGUAUGGUAUACCUAAUGAGUAAUAAUGACAGAAACAUGACUGAAAAACUGUCACUAUGAUAAGGACGGAUAGAUACU